AGGUUCAGACAGUGUGACGAUUGUGUGUGUGUGUGUCAGAUUAAGGUGAGUUGGGCCCAGAACAGAGAGCGAGUGAGAGCAGAGUCACAGCAAAGCAGCCAGCAGAUUGCAGACGCUUGGAUUAACAUCUCUCCUGAGUUCACAAGACCAUGACGAUCGGCAGGAGCUUCAAAAAGAACCAGGUCCCUCGUACUCCUGCUUUCCUGGACAAGACUAAUGGAUUCUAUGGGCGCUUGGACGAGAUGUUUAGAGACGAUGUACAGAUGGAGGGAGAGACCAAAGAAGAGCAGCCAAGUAGCCAAGACAAUGGGCCAGCUCCAGGCUGGAUAGAAGAGGAUGACCACGUGGUUGAUUUUAACCAGGGUAUGAUGGAUGAUGAUGAUGGGACCACUUUACUGAAGAGGAAGCCCAGCAGACUGAGCCGCCGAUGGAGCAGGAUGAGCUCCAGGAAGGCAAAGUACGGCAAGUUUUCCUCAGAGAAAGAACUGGGUAAUGAAACCAGUACAUCUGUAGAUCUGAAGCCAGAGGAGGCACUGCCGUCCCAAACCCUGGAAAACAACAGAGAACCAGAACCAACGAUGGUGCAUUUCUCUGCAAAAGAGCAUGCAGAUGACCAGAUUCUCAUCAAAGGGAAGAAGGAGGGAGAAGUGGAAGACAUGAAAAUAGAAGGAAAGCUGAAUGGGGAGACAAUGGAAGUUGUGAAGAGGAACACUCUCAAGAAUUACCGCAAGGCCGUGGACAGAGCUUUCCGUCGAGGAUGGGAGACUUUUGUUGCCAAUCUGUAUAGUGUGACUCUGACACCCAUAUCAUCAACUUCUUCAUCUGCACCAUCAGACAAAACCCAACUGAACAAGAAUCGUGUUUUGGCAGAAUUCAGAUAACGGUCAAACUCUCUGAGCUGCACUUUUUUUAUUUCAAUCACUGAAUAACUUCAUUUGUUAAUUUAAAUGUGCUCAUGUAUUUAAUGUGCAUUGUUGAACUCUGCAUCAAACUGAUAGCUGCUGAUCGGAUCAUUAUGUAACCUGACAAGAGAGGUCAAUAUUUGAACGUUUUAUCAGUGUAUAAAUUUAUCAUCGCAGCACUAACUGAAGGGAGUGUAGCUGAUCUUUGUUCUCUCGUGAGGAAACACAUGGCUUAUGUUAUUAAUUAUCCCACAUGGAAAGUUUUUGAGCUGUGAACAGAAGGAGAGUUCCUGUACUUUGGCCAUUAACGUGUACUCUUUCAAACGGUUAACUCAACCCUCAAGAACCAAUCUGGGAGCUCAAAGAUGAAAAAAACAAUGUCAUCAAGAGGCACAUCUCUGGCAAUGAAGUGCACAAAUAAUUGAGCCAAGAGAUGGAGUAAAUGAUGGCUUUUGUGUUCUGUAGAGUUAUUUAUGUUCGGUUUCUUAUUUACAAACCCAUGGUUUUCUAAUGUUGCAUAUGUAAAAUGAAAAUGAUUUUGUCUUGUUUUAUCUGCUUUGUGACGUCAAAGCAUUGCUAAUAAAAACACAACUUAAAAAACAA